AUGAGAGAUUCUCAGGUGAUCUCAAAACUUCAGACGAUCUGCAAGGUGACCAAUCCUCGCCAGGCAUAUAUGGGAAUGAAGAAGAUCGGACAGGGUGCUUCGGGCGGUGUUUACACAGCCUAUUCUGAAGGUGGAUCCGGACCUGUUGCGAUCAAGCAAAUGAACCUCGAGCAACAACCCAAGAAAGAAUUGAUCAUCAACGAAAUCUUGGUUAUGAAGGACUCUCACCACGACAACAUUGUGAACUACAUUGACUCUUACUUAUGGCAAGGUGACCUGUGGGUUAUUAUGGAGUACAUGGAGGGAGGCUCCCUGACAGACGUUGUGACCUGCAAUAUGAUGAUGGAAGGCCAAAUUGCUGCAGUCUGUCGUGAGGUCUUGCAGGGUCUGUCCCACCUUCACUCACGCGGUGUUAUCCAUCGAGACAUCAAGAGUGAUAAUAUUCUGUUAAACAUGCAUGGCGAGAUUAAACUUACUGAUUUUGGAUUCUGCGCACAGCUCAACGACUCACAAACCAACCGUACCACUAUGGUCGGUACACCUUACUGGAUGGCACCAGAAGUUGUUACUCGCAAGGAAUAUGGACCUAAAGUGGAUAUCUGGUCUCUCGGUAUUAUGGCUAUUGAGAUGAUCGAAGGAGAGCCGCCUUACCUCAACGAGAACCCUCUCCGUGCACUUUACCUGAUUGCUAACAACGGAACACCUACUCUCCAAUGUCCAGAUGCACUCACUAGAGUAUUCACUGACUUCCUUUCAAAGUGUCUCUCGGUCGAUAUUGAUCGUAGACCCACAGCCGAUGAGUUACUUCUUCAUCCCUUCCUCAGACUUGCUGACCCACUCCCAACUCUGAAGCCUCUCAUCAAGGCAGCAAGAGAUGCGGCUAGACGUAGUGACUGAGUUGUAUGAUUUUUUCCCAAAGAAAUCAAAACAAAACAAGUUGUACAUGCAUAUUUCCAAGUAUUGGGGAACUCUACAAAUCAAAAAAUUCAAAUAAGGGUUUCACAUUUCCUUCCUAUCAUUCCGCAUUGGCUCCCUCCAUCUAUCUAUCUAUCUCACUCUCACUUCUUCUUUCCUCCUCUCCUGUGCUCAUUUCUUCCCUCAACCUUUUCUCUCUCUUCCAAUCUUUCUCUCUUUUUAUUAUUACCUUGGUGGCUUUUGUAUAUAUAUAGAGA